AUGUCGACAACCCCCACGAAUGCCCCACCGCCUACAAUACCAUACACAUCUCCUCCUAUUACAGUCAUCCUAACCAUUAUUCUCCUCCUCUUUUUCUUCAUAGGUUUUUUCUCUAUAUACUUCUGUAGGUGCUUCAUGCAAAACCUAUUUUACACGUGGCAUCGCCAGAGUCCCUCCAGGGCCCCUAGGGUCCCUGGAACGGACAGUGCUGCCCCUGGACUUGACCCUUCGAUCAUAAAAACUUUCCCAACGUUUCCAUAUUCGAGUGUCAAAGAAUAUCGACGGGAGAAUUAUGGAUUAGAAUGCGCGAUAUGUUUGUGUGAGUUCAAGGAUGAAAACGUGCUCAGGCUUCUAACCAAGUGUUGUCAUGUAUUCCAUCAAGAAUGCAUCGACCUGUGGCUCGGAUCACAUAAAUCCUGCCCAUGUUGUCGGUCUAGUCUCGACACGCCUAUCAACUCGCCGGAAAAAUCUCCGGUUUCACUGGAUAGCGGACAUGGUAUGAAUGAAGUUCGAGAAAAUGGUUCGAAUGGUGAUUCUGUUAGUAUCGAUAUUAGAGAUACCAAUGAGAUCAAUGGCGAUAGAGAUGAAAGCAAGAUGGAGAAGCAUGUGGUUAUUAAAGUUAAUGAGGAUAGAGAAGGAGAACGAACACAGAAGACAACAGAAGGGUUCGGGAGGUCCAAGUCCACCGGGCAUUCAAUUGUUAAAAAAAACAAAGGAUGUGAAAAUGAUGAAAGAUUUACGUUAAGAUUGCCUCAAGAUGUGCAAGCUAAACUUAUUCCGAGGCAUAAUUGGACAAGAAGUUGUACAGAAUUUGGUGAAUACAAAAGCAAAACUUCGUCUAGCAAUGCUGGUUUUGGCGAGGUAACUCUAGAUAGAGAUGAACGCAAGGCCUAG